AUGUAGUCAUUUCAAUUUUAUGUGCAAUUUUGAAUAAAACAUGAAUAACCAAUAAUGUAAUAAUGUUUUUAGACCAUAAUUAUAAUUUUAGUUAAUUGGUGAGACUUCUAUAGAUAUGAUAAGAACAUUGAGAACAUGGGCACAUUAAGAAAGCAAUAUUGGCCCUUAGGGUCAAACAUUUAUGGUACUCAUCAUAUAUCAACCAGUAGUGUCGCUUAAUUACCUGGAAAACUAGUUUAUUAGGGAAAGAAACACUGAGAAAACAUGGCCUGAGGGCAAACUCGCCAUUAAAUGAGAGAGAUAAAUUUAUGCAUGUGCUUAUGAAUGUUAUUUAAAAAACGGUAUUGUGACUUUGUAUCUCACAAUUUACAUGUUUUAUAUGUGAUAUAAAGUCGUUAUUAUUAUUUUACUUUUUUUUUUAUUCAGUGGCGGAAACGGGCUCGCAAACGCUGAUUUCACGCAGCCGCCAUGUUGAAAUCGAAAGCGAGGCUCCGGUGGUAGGAAAACCCGGAAGUAGCGUGUCUGCUGCUGCUUAUAUUUUACAGCGGUUGGUGUCCAACGAGCUGUCCCGGCGAUCAGCAUCUGGAUGGGGUCUAACAGUGGAUAUGCCAUCAACCCGGCUCAAGACUUCGGCCCGACAUUACAUUGCAGGAUGGGGACACGAAGUGUUCAGGUAAAACAUCACGCUAUGUCUCACAAGCAGAUUUAUUACUCCGAUAAAUAUGACGACGACAAAUUUGAGUACAGGCAUGUAAUGCUUCCUAAGGACAUCGCUAAAAGAGUUCCUAAGACCCAUCUGAUGUCGGAGACCGAAUGGAGGAAUCUGGGUGUUCAGCAGAGUCAAGGAUGGGUGCAUUACAUGAUCCAUCAGCCUGAACCACACAUCUUACUCUUCCGACGUCCUCUACCUCAAUCCCAGUGACUCCAGAAUCACAAAGGAAUUCUGAAAACUAGAUGCAAUCUGAAGAUGUCUGAGAGAUGCCGGGCGCACUCCGGAUCAGAUGGUGUCAAUAUCAUUCGUGCUGCUUUAGACUUUCAGUCUGUUAACUAUUAUGUGAGUUAGAUUAUCUUCACCGUGCUUGUUCUCCGCCCUACCUGAGAGAGGGAGAGAAUUAUGCUCAAUUUCCCCGCUGUGCCUGUAUUUAUUAUUCCUUAUCAGUCUUGCGUUAUAACGAUUCUUUAUAUGAGCUUCACUUGAUGCAUUGGUGAAUUGACUCUGUAAGGUCUAGCAGCAUUAGAAAUUGUUGUACAUAGUAUACAUACUGCUUUAUUAAAAAUAAAAAAUAAAACUCUA